GCAAAAACAGAGCAAUCUCAAGACUACACAAAGCCUCAUUUUCAGUUCGAUUUCGACCGGAGAUGGAAAACGACAACAAUGUCUUGGCGCAGAUGAAACCUAAGAAGCGCGCAGGACGUAAAGUUUUCAAGGAAACACGUCAUCCAAUCUACAGAGGAGUGCGGAAGAGGGACGGCGACAAAUGGGUCUGCGAAGUCCGAGAGCCCGUUCACCAGCGCCGAGUCUGGCUCGGAACUUAUCCAACUGCUGAGAUGGCGGCGCGUGCUCACGACGUGGCCGUGCUUGCUCUGCGCGGGAGAUCCGCGUGUUUGAAUUUCUCCGACUCAGCUUGGCGUUUGCCGGCGCCGGAAUCCACGGAUCCGGACUCGAUCAGGCGCACGGCGGCAGAAGCGGCGGAGAUGUUUAGGCCGCCAGAGUUUAGUAGCGGUAUUACAGUUUUGCCAUCGUCCGGUGAUGGUGAGCAUGAGCAUGCCACGGUGGAGGAAGGAGAGGGAGUCGCUGGAAUGAUGAUGAGGCUUGCGGAGGAGCCGUUGAUGUCGCCGCCGAGAUCGUACAUCGACAUGAGUACGAGUGUGUACGUGGAAGAAGAAAUGGGUUACGAAGACUUGUCACUUUGGAGUUACUGAAAAAAAAAAACGUAUUCAUGGAUACGUAUGUAUGUAUGUGUGGUAAGUUAUAGAUUUUCCCGGGUUUCUGAUGGGCUUAAGAAAAUACCUCUUUGGGAAGUAGAAGGUUCCAUGAUGAAAUAAAUUUGUAGAAAGAUUCUUGGAAUCUUUAAUGUGUGUGUUUUCGUUUUUUUUGUGAAGCAAAGCUUUAUGAGGUUUGCUUUGCUUUAAUAUAUUUGGAAUUAAAUGGGCUUAGAUAAGUAAGAUGUCAAGCCCAAUGAGUCAUGUUGACUAUGUUUUUUUGGUUUACCUCCUCUAGGUACCAAAAUGUAUCACAAGUAUGUAUAAUGUUCAAAAUAAUAUUAUAAUGUAAAAUCAUU